AUGUCUUAUUUUCCUAUAACACAUUAUCGAUUAUUCAAUGAUCCUCAUGAUCGAUUCUUUGGUGAUCAACUACAUUUUUUUGAUCCAUGGCGUGAUUUUGAUACAUUUCCAACAGCACUAUCAAGUAAACCAAGUUCAUUUCGAUGGAUCAAUGAACCACGUCACAUAACUCGUUCAUCGUCAUCAUCAUCAUCAUCAUAUCAUUCAACAUCAAGCAAUACAAACAGUGGCAAUACACUGAUUCCUCUUACAAGUUCAAUAACACCAGCCCUUUCAGAAAAAUUUCGCGUUCAACUUAAUGUUGCUGGAUUUAAGCCAGAAACUAUCAAAACAAGAGUUGAAGGUCGAAAAUUAUUGGUUGAAGCUAAACAAGAAGAUCGUAUUAGUGAAGGUGAUUAUAGUCUUCGUGAAAUUCGAAAAACAUAUGAACUUCCUGAAUAUACUGAUUCAUUUAAUUUGGCUUCAUAUGUUACACCGGAUAAUAUGCUUGUUGUUGAAGUACCUGUGAAUAAUCCACGUAUUGAACGUGGUCUAUCACAAGUACAAGCCGAAGCAAAUACUCUGGCACAAUUUGGUCAAUUUCGUGAUCCUAUUUUUGAUUAUCAUGGUUUUGUUGCAUCAGCUGAUUUUCAUCCACGUAUUAUUGAUAUAGGUAAUGGACAAAAACAAUUAAAAAUGAAUGUAGCAGUUAAAAAUUAUCGACCGGAACAAAUUAAAGUUUCAGUUAAAAAUGAUGAACUUAUUGUACAAGCUGAACAUAUUUAUAAUGAUAAUAAUCGUUCUGAGCGAUCAUUUUUAACAAAAUCUAUUACAUUACCACCAGGUACACAAAUUGAACAAGUUCGAUCAUUUUUAAAUGCAGAUGGACAAUUAGAAAUUGAAGCACCAUUUACUGAACCUAAUCAAACACGCUCAAUUGAAGUUCUACGUCAAUUCUAG